GAUGUCAGAUGGCUCUUGCUCGUAGGGUGUGUGUGAGUGUGAGUGUGUGUGUCGUUUGUUUACCGUUCAGCGCGUCGCAUUCCCGCCCGUGUCCAUUAAAUCACCGGAGCGUGUUCAUGUUUUGCGGACUGCUGUGUGUGUGAAUAUGACGGGAGAGAAGAUCCGCUCGGUGCGCCGAGAGCGCAAGGCGGGUCUGGAUCUACUGGAGCCGGACGAAGAGGCGGCGGACACCGGGCCUAUCAAAGCUAACAAGAGCAGCAAGAUCAACCACAAGAUCAUCCGGUCCAGCUCACAGCAGAACCAGAAGCACAUCGAUCUGGAGAGUGUGUAUCCCGUACAUGAGUGUGUGUUCAGAGGAGACGUGCGGAGACUGUCAUCGCUCAUCCGAACACAGAACAUCACGCAGAAAGACGUGCAUGGUAACACACCUCUUCAUCUGGCUAUUAUGAUGGGUCAUAAAGAAUGUGCUCAUCUCCUGCUGGCCCAUAAUGCACCAGUGAAGGUGAAGAACGCUCAGGGAUGGAGUCCGCUCGCCGAGGCCAUCAGUUACGGAGACAGACAGAUGAUCACAGCUCUUCUACGGAAGCUGAAACAGCAGUCACGAGAAAGCGUGGAGGACAAGAGACCUCGUCUGCUCAAAGCGCUGAAAGAGCUUGGAGAUUUUUAUUUGGAGCUUCACUGGGAUUUCCAAAGCUGGGUGCCUUUACUGUCACGGAUUUUGCCCUCCGACACCUGCAAGAUCUACAAACAGGGUAUUAAUAUCCGUUUGGACACUACACUUAUCGAUUUCACGGAUAUGAAGUGUCAGCGAGGAGACCUGAGCUUUAUCUUCAGCGGUGAUGCGGUUCCCUCACAGUCCUUCGUAGUUCUCGACAAUGAACAGAAGGUUUAUCAGAGGAUACAUCAUGAGGAAUCAGAAAUGGAGACAGAGGAGGAGGUGGACAUCUUAAUGAGCAGUGAUGUUUACUCCGCAACACUGUCCACUAAAUCCAUCACCUUCUCACGAGCGCAGACGGGCUGGCUCUUCAGAGAGGACAAAACGGAACGGGUGGGGAAUUUCCUGGCGGAUUUCUACAUGGUGAACGGUUUGGUUCUGGAGUCCAGGAAGAGACGAGAGCACUUGAGUGAAGAGGACAUUCUGAGGAACAAGGCCAUCAUGGAGAGCUUCAGUAAAGGAGGAAACCUCAUCGAGCAGAACUUUGAGCCGGUGAGACGUCAGUCGCUGACCCCUCCAUCUCCAAACACUUUCUCCUGGGAGGAAUACAUCACCGCAGAGACAGGAAAAGCUCCUCAUCUCGGCCGAGAACUCGUGUGCAAAGAGAGUAAGAAGAACUUCAAAGCAACGGUAGCCAUGAGCCAAGACUUUCCGCUGGGCAUUGAGUCGUUGUUAAAUGUUUUGGAGGUGAUCGCACCUUUCAAGCACUUUAAUAAACUCAGAGAAUUUGUUCAAAUGAAACUCCCACCUGGAUUCCCAGUCAAAUUAGACAUCCCUGUGUUCCCCACCAUCACGGCCACCGUGACCUUUCAGGAGUUCCGUUACGAUGAGUUCAACGUCUCGAUUUUUACGAUUCCUAGUGACUAUAAAGAGGAUCCCAGUCGUUUCCCAGACCUCUGAGCUGCUGUGUCCUGCCGUCUCCACCCUGGGUCCCGUCUCCAUCUAUUCAACCUGAUAAUCCUAACCACCCCUCGGUUACUUUUGAGUCAGAUAUAAAUAAUGAGAUGUUUGCAGAUUGAAGCGAACAAGUUUCAUUUAGGAAAUACUUUACAUAAUAUGGACAUAAAGGGAUCGUGAGCUGACAGGCCUAGGGAAGUGUUUAACACCGCUGAUGGAACCAGUCCCUCGGUCAAAGUGUGGAAGGGAACUGGAGCGCUCAACAGAGACACAGGUGCACUACACUUUAUAGUUAUGUGUUGAUUUCUACACCACGAAUGGUUCGAGCGGUUACAUUUGAAACAGCGCCUUGGACGUCUGAGCCUUCAGUAAACAUCUACUAUGUUCCUGGCAGGAAAUAUGGCAUUAUAAGUUAUGACAUGAGCCUCGUUUUCAUAUAUAUCUUUGUAAAACUGUUGCAAACUUGUAAUCUCUUAAAAGAUAUGUGUAUAUUUAGGAAAGAAGCGGACGGCAUCUAUAUAUGAUUUGAACUGUGUGGAAGCUCACAAAAAACAAUGUAUAUGUCAUUUCUACAGAUAAGAGAAGCCUUUCUUUGAGCAAGUUGUAAAUACCAUUUCUUUUACCAUUUCUUUUGCUUGUCCUUUGUGUUUUGGUUGCAUAAUGGGAAAUAUCUUUUCAGAUGGGCGUGUGGUACCAGUGCAUCACUUUCCUCUUCACAGUGUUCAGGUGCUUUAGUUACUCAGAUCAGUUUAUGCUUUCUCACAUCCUAAUAAUUCAUGUUUUUGAACAGGGUCAGAAUUUAAAGUAGCAUAUAAGUUUAGUUGGAUUUAUAGAGUUGCAGUGACUGAACACCAUCGGUGGUUUCACGUUAUUUUCACCUUGAUAGAUGGAUGUAAUGUAUUCAAAUGUAAUAAAAAACCUUUUGCAAUGUAGUAUAAUUGACAUGUAUAACUGACACUGUAUGUUUACUGAGAUAUUAGUGCAAAGAUGUUUCCAGAAAUGUUCAAUUAUAGCACUUCAGAUACGGUGGGGAAAUCUUAUUUGAGUGUUUUUAUGUUUUUGCUGUGUACUGAGGGAACAGGAGCUCACGUCCACUUCGCACCAGCAGUAAGACCGUUGGAGAAAUAACCGUUUUGUUGUUCCUCUACAGAAUCGAUAUAAGCUGUAACACUUCCAUGUCCCACUACUGGCUAGUGUGGAAAACUCGUGUUUUGAUUUUAUUAUUUUAUUUUUACUACAGUUUCUUUUCCUCUGUCCAGUGUCUUUGUUUUUAGUUUUGCUUUAUGCCAUGAAUACUCCUUUCAUCUCCGAAAUGCAUUGAACUCCCUGUUGUACAGUGGGAACCUUGAACCUGCUAGACUUUUACAUGACAAAUUGUACUUAAUAAAAUGUCACUGUAUUAAACGACA